UUCCACAUGAAGCCAUCUCUCAGCACCAACGAUGAAAGAUGCUCUAUCUUGUCCCUUUCUCAGUCUCUUUGCUUCUCUUCGUAGCUUGAAGAGUACCUCUGUGUUGUUACCAAACGUAGCAGUCCCUUCAAAAUUAUCACCAUACCGCAAUCUCCUACAAUUCCAGAAGAUAAGUGGCAACGAUGAAAGAAGCGAAGACUCAAGCGACGGUCAAUGUCGGGAUUGACUCGUUGUGGAAGUGUUUAUCCAAGGAUCUGCACUCUAUCCUUCCACAGGUCACGCCAAACUUUGUGCAGAAUGCAGAGGUCAUUGAAGGAGAUGGCAGCCUCGGUUCAGUCAUUCUUUUCACUUUUGGCCCGGAUGUGCCAAAAAUGAAGUACCAGAAGGAGAAGAUAGUGGAACUCGAUGAGUCUUCGCAUCGAAUAGGGUUGCAAGUGAUAGAAGGGGGUCACCUUGAUCUGGGCUUCACCUUUUACAAACUUUCAUUCCAACUGACGACAGUUUCAGAGAAGCAGACACUGGUGGAUGUCAUGGUGGCAUAUGACUGCGAGACAGAAGAAACGGGUUCUCCCUCAAAAUCUACAGCUUCUGCACUCGCGUGUAUCAAGUGCCUUGAGAAUCAUUUGUUGAGUACUAAUGCUAAAUAGAGCUACAUCAAUCACAGUUCAUCUACAAUCAAGAGAAGGGCGAGGAUAAUUUUUAUAGCAUGCCGAGUGAGGUGAAUCAAAGCAUACUUUAAUCCUAUCCGCAUUAGAGUCGUGAUUUAGUUUUGUAUCAACAACUUGUUACCUUAAAGAGAAUUCAUAACGAUA